AUGUCUCUCGUAUUUUUACAGGACGACUUCCUCCUGCGGCACUACGACCGCGGCCCGUGCAAAAACAAGCUCGGUCACUCCCGCGCCUCCGUUCUGUGGCAUCGCACGCAAGUGGUCGGCAUCUUCGCCAGCUUCGGCAUCCUGCUUCUGGUCGCUUCGCCGCUCCUGUUGUUAGCUGCGCCGUGUAUCGCAUGCAGCCGGUGUCGACUCUGCAACGCGGACGGCUCCUCUUCGCGGCUCAGCGAGGACGACGACAACGAGGGGGCGGAGCGGAGAAAUUCGAUGGUCGGAGCGCGUAGGCGGAGCCAAGAAGACACGCCCACCGGGGGCCGAUGA